AUGCAUAAAAGCUUGCACAAGAAGGGUUUAGAACUCCGAGAUGUCGUUCCUUUAGCCUUCCAUCAUACCAAACCAAGAAUACGGCGUGCUACACCUGCUCCAUGGAAGGAAAAACCAGCUAUUAUUAACCUACAUGGUUUGUUUGGUUCCCAUAUUAUGUUUCAUUCUUUGAAUAGGCCACUGAUGAAGACAUUUGAAACCGACAUAUAUAAUGUGGAUUUGAGAAAUCAUGGUAAUUCUCCUAGAGCACAACCAUAUGACUAUCUGACCUUGAGUAAAGAUAUCAUUCAAAUGAUCAGAGAUAACAUAUAUCGGGAACAGCCUGGUAGACCUAUCUAUCUAAUCGGAUUUUCAUUGGGUGGGAAGGUUGCCCUACUAAGCUCUUUAUCAAGACAAAUAAAUGUUAAGAAGUGCAUAUCUAUUGAUCUGCCACCUUAUGAGUUAGAUAAAGUAGAUGAUAUGUUCAUGCAGAAUUUUGAACUAUUAGAAAAGAUUGUCAAGAGGGAGAUCAAAGUCCGACGUUCAUGCCCAUCAUGGAAAACUGAUAUACUGACGAUGUUUAGGGAGCUGCCUGUGAAUAAAUGCAAUCCAAAUGGAAACAAUGUGGCACUUUAUUUUGCUAAUGGUUUUCUAACAUACAAGCCUAAUAACGAAAGUUCUUCUGGACUUGAAAAUGAUUACUUGCAGUAUGCAGUACCAUUAGAAUAUAUGCCAGACAUUAUUGCCGAGAUAAAGAAAUGGCCAAGCGCUACAAGUUUGAACCCAAUGAUGUAUCAUACCAAAUCCCAACUUCCUACGCUUUUCAUGAAAGGCCUACAUUCGAGUUUCAUUAAGAAUGACUAUUCCCUUUUGAAAACGCAAUAUCCACAGUCUUCAGUACUGGAGUUUGACUGUGGCCACACCAUUUUAAUGGAUUAUCCCAAGGAAUCUACAGAAGCUAUUAUAAAAUUCUUGUCUAAUAAUAAGAGGGUCCAAUAA